AUGUCUGAACGCAAAGUUCUUACGAAAUACUACCCUCCCGAUUUCGACCCUUCGGCCAUCACGCGCACACCCAAGCACUUGCGCCCGACCGGUCCAAGGCUGCUCACUGUUCGAUUGAUGGCACCUUUCAGCCUUAAAUGCACUAAUUGUGGCGAGUACAUCUACAAGGGACGGAAGUUUAAUGCUCGGAAAGAGACCACCGAUGAACGUUACCUAAAUAUCCCCAUAUAUCGAUUCUACAUAAGAUGCACACGAUGCUCAAGCGAAAUCACCUUCAAAACAGACCCAAAGAAUAUGGAUUAUACAUGCGAAAGGGGCGCAAAAAGGAAUUUCGAGCCCUGGAGAGAAGCGGCAGCUGGUCACGCUAAUGAAACGGAGGAAGAGACGCUAAAUCGCCUAGAAAGGGAAGAAAACGAGGCAGAAGAGAGGGCGGAGAGGGAUAAAAUGAUGGAGCUAGAGGAAAAGAUGUUAGAUUCAAAGCGCGAGAUGGCGGUGGCGGAUGCUUUGGACGAAAUCAGAACGAGAAACGCUAGAAUCGAACGCGGCGAAAAGGGCGGUGAAGAAUUAGCAAUUUUACUUGCGAGUCGAGAGGCGGAUGAAGCGAAGGCAAAAGCUGACGCGGAAGAUGAAGAAGCCGCGCGAAGGGCCUUUAUGACAAAGGACGGGGAGCGCGUGAAGCGAUUAGUGGAAGAGAGUGAUGGAGUAGAUCCGCCUGCGCCGAGUGCAACAGAGAUGCCACCCCCAUCUUUCACUAGAGUAAAAAGGCCUAAAAAGCCAUUUUCGGCUGGCCUUGGUAUAAAAAAGAAGACGUCUUUAGUUUAG